CUUUUCCUUACUGGAAACCUCAGCUACUCUUGCAGUUUUCUUUCAAGUGAUUGCAAUUAAAUAGAGGACGGGAAGAAUUUAAAAGGGUAAGACUUUUAGAUCUUUCUUGGUAGCUAGUUUCCGAGCUUCAAGCAUGGGGAAAGCUUCAAGAGAUAAGAGGGAUAUCUACUAUCGAAAAGCAAAGGAAGAAGGUUGGCGUGCUCGGAGUGCCUUUAAGCUACUUCAGAUUGAUGAGGAAUUUAACAUCUUUGAAGGAGUGAAGCGUGUGGUAGAUCUUUGUGCAGCACCUGGUAGCUGGAGUCAGGUUUUGAGUCGAAAGUUAUAUCUCCCAGCCAAGUUGUCAUCAGAGCCAAGGGAUUGUGAACUUCCUCUUAUAGUGGCCAUUGAUUUGCAGCCCAUGGCUCCAAUCGAGGGUGUCAUUCAAGUGCAGGGUGACAUCACUAAUGCUCGUACAGCUGAACUGGUUAUCAAACACUUUGAUGGAUGCAAGGCUGACCUGGUAGUCUGCGAUGGUGCUCCUGAUGUUACUGGGCUUCAUGAUAUGGAUGAAUUUGUUCAGUCACAGCUUAUCCUUGCUGGUUUAACAAUUGUUACUCACGUACUUAGAGAGGGUGGAAAAUUUAUUGCAAAGAUAUUUCGAGGUAAAGACACAAGUCUCCUUUACUGCCAGCUGAAAUUAUUUUUUCCAGUUGUCACUUUUGCUAAACCAAAAAGUAGCCGCAAUUCCAGCAUAGAAGCAUUUGCAGUUUGUGAGAAUUAUUCCCCUCCUGAAGGGUUUAAUGAGAAAGAUUUAUAUCGCCUCCUAGAAAAGGUGGGGAGCCCCUCCGGAGCAGAUGACUUGGAUUGUAGUAGUGGAUGGUUGGAAGGGCCAAAUAAGGUGUAUAUUCCAUUUCUGGCUUGUGGAGACCUCAGCGGUUAUGACUCAGAUCGUUCAUAUCCUCUCCCUAAUGUUGGAGAAGGAACUCCCUACCAGAGCUUGGAUCCCGUACAACCGCCAAUUGCUCCUCCCUAUAAAAGGGCUCUUGAACUGAAGAAAGCUUCCAGUCAUGGACUUCAAGACCGAGAGUUUGAAAAGCUAUCACUAGAUUCCUAAAUUUGCUGUUUGGGAGAGUGUCAGCCAU